GCAGGUGAGGCGGAGGGCGCGCUGGCGGCGGCAUCGGCGCCGGGAGACGUGGUGGUGGCGCCGCUGGUGGAGACGGUGGAGGCGCAGCCGGCGCCCGCGGGCCCGCCCCCGCGCGACCUGGCCGCCGACGAGCGCGACAACGUGCAGCUGACGUGCCUGCUCAACCAGACGGUGCGCCAGUGCCAGUGGGCGUGGCAGCGCCUGGGCGACGUGGACGGCCAGCCCGUGCCCGUCAAGACGUUCGACCCGCUGGGCAAGGACAAGAACGACUGCAGCGUGCGCUUCGAGGCCGUCGUGCUGGACCAGGAGGGCGUGUGGACGUGCGGCGCCGUGCCCGAGGACGGCACGGGCCUGGUGCGCGUGCUCUCCAUUCGACUUACAGUGCACCCGCUCGUUCGCUUCGAGACGAACGUGACGGCGGUGGAGGUGCGCGCGCACGAACCGACGGAGCUGCCGUGCCGCACGGCGCGGCCCGUGGAGCAGUGCCACUGGGAGUGGCGGGCCGCGGGCGGCGCGCUGGCCGACGCCGAGCCCGAGCCGUCGGCGCUGAGCUUCGCGCCGCCGCCGCCGGGCACCGACUGCUCGCUGCGACAGGCCGCGCGGCCCGAGCUGGAGGGCCGCUGGCAGUGCUCGGCCCGCGCGCACCGCGACGCGCCCUUCGUGGCCGCCGCGCCCGGAAAAGACAAAAGGGCGCAAACCGCCUCUCUCACGUACGCUGGACAAGCGGGCAAGCCACUCACCUCCAAAUCUCGCGACGGCUCUCUGCAGGUGGCCAUUCCAAAGGGGCUCGCGCGCCCGGCCCCAAAGCUGGAUGCUCCCCCGUCGCUCCUCACUGCUCCUGCAGAAGGGAUCACGUUCGUGGAGCUGUCGGGGGAGAUCAAGGUGAACGAGGGGGAGCCGGUGGCGCUGCGCUGCGUGGUGAGCAUGGCGGUGGCGUCGUGCCAGUGGCUGUGGCGCCCGCUGCACGAGGCGGACACGGCGCCCGUCGCCGUCAAGAACUUCACGCCGGCCUACGACCAGCGCCGCGACUGCAGCGUGCGCUUCGGCACCGUGCUCAAGGAGCAGCAGGGCCUGUGGAGCUGCGCCGUGCGCGUCGCGCCCGGCUCGCACUUCGUGGAGGCCCCGCCCACCUCGGUGCAACUGCUCCCGCCCGUGAAAUUACGUUUUCUGGAAAUACCUGAAGAUAAGAGAGUCGCUUUAGGUCAUUCUACCGUCUUGCCUUGUGUUGCAACGUCAAGUGUCAAAGAUUGCUUGUGGACCUGGCGUUCUGAGGACGACAAAGAUGGCAAAGGCAUUGUUGUUAAACAGUUCUCAGCCUUUGGGAACCAUAGUAGAGACUGUAGUAUUCAUUUCAAAAAAGUGCAAGAUGCGCAAGAUGGAUUCUGGGGUUGUACCAUUCGUAGUGGCUCCCUCGACGCACCUCUAGAAGCAGAAUCGCCUUUGGCCAAACUGACAACAUUCAUCUCAGAGCCUAUUGAAUUCACAGAGCUGUCUCAGGACAUACACGUGCCAAAUGGAAGUCAUUUAUACCUACGAUGUGUAUCAUCUUCGGCACUCCAAGAAUGUCAGUGGACUCGCACUGCUCUUAACAAUACCAAUAACUCUUCUAAAAUGGUCAAAACAUUUUCUGCACAUGGCAAUGGAAGUCGUGACUGUAGUAUGCAUAUUGAUGAAGCAGCAGAAGAACAUGAAGGCAUCUGGACAUGUGGUGCCAGGAAGGAAGGAGAAUCUUUUAUGACUGUAGCACCACCUGCAAGAGUUACUCUUCUAAAGCCAGCCUCUGCUUUGGUUGGUUGUGGUGUACUAUGUUCUCUGUCUCAAUCAUGAUGGUCUGCAUGUAUUGCUCUUAUCAUUGAGAGACUUCAAAAUAAUGGACACUUAGACUGGUGUGGUGCAGUAAGCACUGAAUAAUAAUUUGCUGCACUGAAUUUUGUUUUAAUAUGUGAAGUGAAAUUACAAACAAAACAGACUGUGAUAUUUGUAAUUAUUUUAAAAUAAUAACAGUGUAAUAAUAAUUUAUUAAUUAGGUCAUUUUCUGACAAUAGUAUUUACACAACACUGUCUUUCUGAAACAAGUUGUAUAUCUUGUGUUCAACAUUUUUAGACUAAAAUAUACAUUUAAAUUAAAAGUUAGUAAUAGUAGAUUGCCAUGUUAUAAAAAUGUUCCUAUCCCCUACAUGUCUUGCAACUCUAACAAUUUUCCUCAAAUUUUUUCAUAUUUCUUUCUUUUUCAUACAACAAGAAUUAUUUAAUAUUGUUGUUCAGUCGAUCCCAGUAAGUUUGUUUUGAAGCUUUAAUUAAAAUUUAAGUAGUAUAUCUCUUAUAUUUAUCAGUUCAUUUGCUAUUUCUAAGACAUGUUUACUGGAUACAAAUUAUCUUUUAACUACAGUAUAUUCUCUCUCAUAUUAUGAAUGAUAUUACAUGAAAUAUACUAUGAAUAUUCUGUAAUACAAAUUCUUUUUAUCGAUCAUAUUAACUAUAUUAUCUUUCUGCAAAAGUAUAUAUUCAUCAAUUAUUGUUUUAUAUUUUUUUUCUUAAAUCACUUGUAAUUUCAUUUUGUGGAGGUCAUACCACACCAUAAAAGCACUUAAAUCAUUUACAUUAUUUAUUUGAAUUCUUACUCAUAUAUUUCUUUUAAGACUUUUCUCAUUUUAAUAGAGCCAUGAAUAUUUUGUGCCAUUCCAUGCUGCAUUUAGUGUGAGUUAUUAUACAGGUAUGAUUAGUGGAUAUGAAUAAUGUUACUUAAAUUAUUUAAAAAGAUACAUGAAUUUAUCCUUCUUGAAAAAUGAAUAAUUCUAUCAAUGUAGAGUAAAAUGGGUUAUAGCAAUUUUGAAAAAUCAUCCAAGUACAUUUGUAGCUGUGACAUAUUUUCAUUUUAUAAAAUGUAUUGUGUCCAAAGAUUAAUUAACAUUCAUUUUAAUAUAAUUUUUCAAUGUUAAUUAUUUACCUCUGCAAUGUUGUUGGAAAAUGUAGAUGUAGAAGUUUCAUUGGUUGGUAAUCUAGUUUUACAAGAAUGGAUUUUUGAAAAACAUUUCAUUUUUGAUUAUUAUUCAUUAAAUACAUAAUUAAAUUUUUAUUUUUAUAAAUUAACUAUUAUACAUGUUUAUGCUUUCUUUACUUCAUCAAUCAAAUAUUAAAUGUUCCUUGCUUAAUUUUAUGCCCUAAAUAUGUAUUUUGCGAAAACAACUAUGAUGACAUUGACUACCAGAGGUGUCAAGAAAGGGAGGCAGCCUCAGGCUUGCCUCAGGCCCCAACUUAAUUGGGGCCCUACAAAUUUUUUUAUUCAAUAUAAAUAAAUAAAAAAUAUAUUUAUUUCUAAACCAAAGUAAAUGCUACAAGUAAUUUCUGAUGCAUGGAGAAAUUAAAUCUGUUUAUAAAUUGGGGGAGGAAGGAAAUUUUUAUUUGAAAUAAGGGGCCCUUGUUGAUCAACUGUCCCAGGUCCCUGUUUUUGUCUAGGCACUCCUGUUAAUAACUACUUCAAAAAUCAAUGAUCUUCAUACCUGAUAUUUUACAAACACAAAUGCUAGUGUGUUAAUGUUGAACACAAGAUUAUAUUACAUCGAAAUGCCAUGGUGCUAUAAAUGUAUAACAUGAAUCUGAAGGCAAAAUAAUUAACUUAAAAUUGCUGGAUUAUAUCCAAUGCAUUGAUGAAAUAUUUGGUGAAUUGUUGUAUGAAGAACAUGUAAUGUGUAGGUUAUCAAGUGCAUAUGUUUAAAAUAGUGCAACAUUCAGAAGAGAAAUAUUUUAUGUAGAAUACUAAAAGAGAUAUAAUACAUUAGCUUGCUGAUUAUUACAACAAAGUACUUCAUGAUUCACAUGGAAUUUUACUUGUGUCUCUGUUGUGUAAAACCUUAUUACUUGUAUGUGUGUUGUAUUACUAUCAAUUAAAAAGUAUUAGAAGAAAUUUUAACAAAAUAUUUAUUGAAUACUAAACUAAUACAAAAUGUAGGGUAACUAAGCACAUCAAGAAUUGAAGAGAGUGAAAAACAAUAAUAAAUGAUAUCCUGUGGUAUACACGUUUAAAUUAACUUGUGUUAAUUUAAUGCUAGCCCUGUAGUUUCUACAGUCAUAAUUAGAUAACUAGUCAAUUUCUUGUAGAAUAUUUGUUUUUAUAGCUGAUUAUUGAAGUUGGAUUAAUUAGACAAAAAUAAAAAAAUUAAAGAGAAAUAUAUAAUCUAAUGUAGUCAUAAUGUUCAUUAUGUUUCUGAAGUUAUGAAUAAAUCUGUAAUAAUUAUC